AUGGUCCGAGCUCAAUCCCGCGGCGUCGCGAGUGGAGCUCCAAGCAUCAACACGCCGAAGCAGCCAAUUCCCUGCCGACGUCCGCUGUCCCCUCCACGUCGCCGCCAUGCUCUCCGGAAUCCUUAUCUUCAACCAGAAGGUGAGAACCUCAUCUUUCGCGCCUUCCGCAACGAUUGCCGCCCGCGACUUGCCGAUGUGUUCCGAAUUCAGGUCAUCUCCAACGCCCAAGUACGCUCGCCCAUUCUCACCCUUGGCUCGACCACCUUCAGCCAUGUCAAACACGAAAACAUAUAUCUAGUCGCCGUGACGAAGAGCAAUGCCAAUGCAGCGCUGGUCUUUGAGUUUCUGUACCGUCUGGUGGGACUAGGCAAGGCAUACUUCGGCAAGUUUGACGAGGAGGCCGUGAAGAACAACUUCGUACUGGUUUAUGAGCUGCUAGAUGAGAUUCUGGAUUUUGGAUACCCACAGAACACCGAGACAGACACGUUGAAGAUGUACAUCACAACUGAAGGUGUCAAGUCGGAAAGGGCUAUGGAGGACUCGUCGAAGAUCACAAUGCAGGCCACCGGCGCUCUUUCCUGGCGGCGUGCCGACAUCAAGUACCGCAAGAACGAAGCCUUCGUCGACGUAAUCGAGGACGUCAACCUGCUCAUGUCCGCGACAGGAACAGUACUGCGAGCCGACGUCAACGGGCAGAUCAUAAUGCGCGCAUAUCUCUCAGGCACACCAGAGUGCAAAUUCGGCCUCAACGACCGCCUAACGUUAGGCGAAGAUCAUCUCCAACAACCAUCGGGAAACAAGGCAGGCGCGAAGGCUACCAGGGCAGCAGCGGGAAGCGUUACGCUGGAAGACUGUCAAUUUCAUCAAUGCGUGAAGCUGGGCAAGUUUGAUGCGGACAGGAUAAUAUCCUUCGUUCCGCCGGAUGGCGAGUUCGAGCUAAUGCGCUACCGGGCGACUGAGAACGUCAAUCUGCCUUUCAAGGUGCAUGCCAUUGUCAAUGAGGUUGGCAAAACGAAGGUCGAAUACAGCAUUGCCAUACGCGCCAACUACGGCUCCAAGCUUUUCGCUACAAACGUCGUCGUGCGAAUACCAACACCCCUCAACACUGCGCGUAUCACCGAGCGGACAUCACAAGGCAAAGCCAAGUACGAACCGGAGCACAACAACAUUGUCUGGAAGAUCCCAAGGUUUACCGGGCAAAGCGAAUUCGUCCUCAGUGCCGAGGCCAGCUUAACGAGCAUGACCAACCAGAAGGCCUGGUCACGGCCACCGCUCAAUCUGAGCUUCUCCUUGCUGAUGUUCACGAGCUCCGGAUUGCUUGUGCGAUAUCUGAAGGUUUUGAGAAGAGCAACUACAGCAGUGUGA